UCUUACUUUCCUACCACCAUGAACGCGAGCGAGAGAAUCGAGGCUGCUUCAAGCUUCCUUCUGCAAUCGCCGCCCGGAGAAAUAAACGACGUACUUAAUGAUGUGCGCAACAUUAUCUCGGAUGACGACUCACUCCAUGCCGGGGUGCUUCCUGCCCUGAAAGAAUAUAACCUCACUCAGUUCAUGACUGCGGACGUGCCUAAUGCAGAACAUCAGUCGAUUGUCAGCGACGCGGCACGCCUCGAUCCAACCGAAGAAGCACAAGAGCGCUUUGUAGACCCACGGUCAAAAAUGACAUUCCUCUUCGACCAUCUAACUCUCGAAGCCUCCGAUCCGCAGCCCUUUGAACCCGAUUCAGAAGCAGAGUCAUUCCGAGCCGCCCUGGAAAAAUCGACUCUGACAUAUCUACACGCCCACUUUCAUGAUGGAGUCGCGUCCAUAUUCUCAGCUCAAGGCUCAACCAAGAACUUUGUCAUCCAAGUGGUUGCCAACAAAUAUAAUCCUGCCAACUACUGGUCAGGCCGAUGGAGGUCUGAAUACCGCGUCGAUAUGAACGAAAGCACUCUCCGCGGCAAGAUUCUCGUCAAUGUCCACUACUACGAGCAAGGCAAUGUUCAAUUAUCGACGACUCAUGAUGUCUCCCUCUCUCUACCUGCUGCAGUCACCUCGGCUGCAGCACCCGCGGCUGCUUCCAAAAUCCUGGCACUAAUCGAAGACGAGGAGGGCCGGUACCAAAUCUCUCUCAACGACACGUACCAAGAAAUGGGUGAAAAGACAUUCAAGAGUCUGCGCCGCGCUUUGCCGUUAACAAGACAGAAAAUUGAUUGGGAUAGGGUUACGGGCUACAAGCUUGGUGCCGAACUUUCGUCAAGCAAGAACAUGUUUGGAAACUCAUAG